GCACACAACCUCACUGCAGAAGCUCGACAAAUAGUCUGUGCCCAACAGAAGGCAGCAGUUACAGGUACGCAAUCUCGGAAGAUGCUUCUUGAGUUGAAGCAUGGCUAUGUUUCUAGGUCUGCAACUCCAUCCGUCAUGAUAACUUCACCAGAAUACAUUGAAGCCAAAGCUGCCAAUGGAGCAAACUCGUCUGCCGCAGACUUUAUACAGUGGUUGCAAACAAGACAGUGGUUUGGGGCAACAUCCAAGUUGCUAUCUCCCAGUGGAACAAAGAAGGAGGGUUGA